AUGCCUAAGACUCAUCCUAACGAUGGUCUCGUGUUCCUCUACAUGUGCAUCCUGAAUUCUGAUCUCACCACCAUUGACUGGAAAGCCCUCGGGGAGGCCACCAACCUCAAGCUUGGGGCCGCCCGCAUGCGUUACCACCGUCUGAAGAAGAACAUGGACGCCGUUAUCAAGGAUGGCAAAUUUGACCUCAGCACCACUUCUGCUUCCACCCCAGCCAAGAAGCAGAGUUUGGACAUGAUCACUGCUACCGACAAAGAAAGCAGUGUUGAGCCAAACAGCCCCGUGGUCGGAACCUCUGCUGGAGUCGUCAGCAUUGCUGCUCUUCUUAACAAGUCUCCCACCAAGCGCAAGAUGGCAGAUGAUGAUGAUUCUGAAGCCGAGACCAUCAUCGAUCCCAGUUUCCGGGACUUGCCUGUGUACCCUCCUUACAUGCAUACCGGUGGUCCUCUUGCUUUCAAGCCGACCGCGAAGAAGCGUAGUCUCAUGCAUGUUGGAAGCCUCACGGUUCGCGGAGUUAUGACCGGCCUAAUUCACCCUCGAGAAUCUCAGAAGCAUGGCAAUGCGCCAUGCUGUCCUGCAGAAUGUGUUGAUUGGCUAUCAGAAGUAAGCACUGAAGCUGGUUGGAGGGUGCAUCUGCCAUUUUGGCGUAAACAAUAUGAAUUUCAUCUACCCGGCCUCAAGGAAUCGCUAUAUAGUGCAGUUAAUACGCCACACGCAGAUUGA